UACAGUAUAAUUACGAGAGUACAAAAGUAAAUUUUAUAAAGAUUAGUAUUUUCAAAUGGCCGUCUUAGAUUUUCUCGACACAUGCUCAUUAUUCUGGAAAUAUCUUGUUGCUUUAGAAAAUAUAUUUUAUAAUUAAUUCAGUAAACGAUGCCUAUUAUUGGAUGCACCAAAGAGAACAAUUGCAAAAGAGAUGCGUUUCUAAAGGCCAGAUUGCUCGAGGCCGAACGCACCGCAGGGAACCCACAUAAACAAGGAGGGAGUACCGAAACGAAAAAGAUUAGCGAAACGACAGUUUUAUCAGGCGUUGACGUGGCCCCAGAUUUGCCCGAAAAUCCCGACGACAUAGCGCGUCACGCAUCCGGAAAUAAACAUCUGGACGAGCGAGCAGCUGCUCUUGAGGAACCGGUCGCAGUUGCGCGACAGGAUCCCGUUGAAAUCCCGCAAGCAACGACGACAGUCCCCGAGACACUUGUCCAGACUCGACAAGCUGAUGUUCGAGAAUUGUUCGUUGACGGUCAGGAAACGAGAGCCAAGAGUCAACGCCCGCCUCGGGAAAUCCCAGAUUCGGAGUUUCGAUAAAGUCAAGACGUGAUCUAAAGCCCCGGACAAAAAGCCGAAGCGAAAAUUAACGCUUAACGCUAAUUUGGUAUUCUCUCCGCUUCGAUAGCCCGCGGCAGCC